CCUGGCGGAAGGAGCCGCUUGUGUCUACUCUCGUCUCCCCGACACGCACACGCACACGCACGUACGCACACAGCGUGUCAGUAGCCCAUGUAGACCAACGUAGCAGCAGUUUGGAUUUCCAACAGCAGGCAGGCAGCAGGAAUCGGUCAUGGAUCUUUUUGAACUGGACUUUUUCCGAGACUGGGAGCUGGAGCAGCCAUGCCAUUUGGAGUCGGAGCGCAGCGUUCUGAAAAGGAGGGAAUGGGAGAGGAGGAACCAGGAGGUCCAGCAGGAUGAGGACUUGUUCUCAACCGGAUUCAACCUGUUUGGAGAACCUUACAAAACCAAUAAAGGCGACGCGUUGGCGAGUCGGGUCCAGAACACGCUUGGCUCCUAUGAAGAAAUGAAAGACCUGCUCACCAGCCAUUCCAACCAGAGCCACCUAGUGGGGAUCCCCAAAGGCGGCCCCGCCAGCAACAACACGCAAACACCGACCACUUCAGCAACCGAGUCCCAGCUUUUUACCCAAGCCUUGAACACGGGCCCCGAGGGGGCAGGCGUGGAGGGCGGAGGGGAAAAACGAACAGGGUGCGUAUCCUCGUCCACCUCCUCGUCCACCUCCUCGUCCACCUCCUCGUCCAUGCAACCUCCUGCAGCGACAUCAUCAUCAUCAUCAAGUUCACACACCUCCAAAAAGUCUCGGAGCUCCGUGGAGUGGUCCAAAGGGGGCCAUGCGCCAAGCACCACGGGAACAAACCUGCUUCUGGGGUCGGGGCAAGGUCAAGGUCAAGGUCAAGGUCAGGCUCCGGGAGCUGCAAAUGGAAGAGGGAAAGCGUUUGAGGAGCAGCAGAUCCAAAGGCACGAGCAGCUUUUCAGCUCACUGAAAGAUGAACUGGGGCUCAAAAGAGACUUGAGCCCUUCUUCGUCGUCUUCAUCUUCCUCUUCCUCCGCCUCCUCUGGGAGACGCCAUCCUGCCCUCCCUUCGAAAACACUUCCUCUCCCAGACGCUGGCAACUAUCGAUCUUCUGCCAUGGAUGGUGGCCACUGCAAACCUUCUGGCUCCCCUUUAGAAAACGAGACAGGCCCCCACAUCUCCAUGUCCUCCUCCCCGCUGGCCUCCACGUCGCUUUUGUCAACAACGCCUGUACCUGGUCUGACCACUCCCACAGCCACCUUCCCACCCGGGAAGCCCGUUGCAGUGCAGCAGAAGCCAACGGCGUACGUUCGACCAAUGGACGGCCAGGACCAGGCGCCCAUCGACUCGCCACAACUAAAACCACCUCUGGUGGCACCGGAGGGGUUCAACUGUGGUCCGGCUUACGGUGGAAACUCUGGGAACAUGAAGAACAAACUGCCAAAACUGAGUCUGAGCCACACCGCCGAGGUCAGCAUUCCAAAUGACUCCAGCUGUGUUGAAGAGAUUCUGCGGGAGAUGACCCACUCAUGGCCACCCCCUCUCACCGCCAUUCACACGCCAGGAAAAGCGGAUCAGACCAAGUUCCCCAUCCCGAGCAAGGAGUCCCAGCAUGUGACCUCAGGCUACAACACUCAGAAGCGCUGUCCCGUAUCGUCUAACAAGCCUGCAGUGAAACCACCAACGGCACCACAGAAGUCCAUGCUGGAGGAUGACCUGAAGAUCAGCAGCGAUGAAGAAGAGGCCGAACAACAGGUAUCUGACAAGCCCAAAGCCCGAGCGACAGCCUUGAGCGGUGCGUCGGGGAGCAGCAGUGAAUCGGAGAGCAGCUCGGAGUCGGACACAGACGAAUCAGAGAGCAGCUCCAGUGACAGCGAGUACAACCAGGCCACGCGCACCAACUCCCCUGAGCCUGAGCCAUCUUCGGCCAACAAGUGGCAGCUAGACAGCUGGUUGAACAAAGUCCAAGCCCAGACCAAACCUCUGGUGGCCCCACAGCAAGACCACCAUGUGGCAGGUUCUGUCACCAAAAUUCAGGAGACAUUCACACAACGCAGUGAGGCGGCAGGACUGGGUGCCGCUGCCAAAACCAAAUCCUGCGGGUCCAGCAGCACGGCUCUUCCCACAGCGCCGACAGCGGAGCACAAGGAUGGCAGGGGGACCUUCUGCCCAAGCAGAGAAAAAACGAAGGCCAAACUCAGCCAGAAGACAUCAGGGGAAGGUCAGAGGUCAAAGAUGAGGCUGUCACCCGCACCGAUGUCUGGACCGGAGGUCAGCACACCGAGGAGGACCACGACAGGGAAGAAACAGCCCAGACGACCAGAGAGGUCCAACAGCGUGGAGGACAAUCAGAGCCAGACGUGGAGCAGAGCAAACCAACCAAGCCCUGCAGUGAGGGAAAAGGAUCAAUUCCCUCCUUCCUCCUUGGAACAUCAGAACCCCCCCAGGCCGAGGAUCAAACCCCCAAGUGGAAAGUCGGCACCUCGGAAAGAACCUCGCAGUGCCACCGUGUCCAGCACCACAGUUGCAGUCCCUGUGGAACCCCAGCAAAGCAGCGUGCCGACGCCCGUUGUCAAUGUCAAUCAGGACAAGAGAAAGCACAGAGGUCCGAGUAGUCGACUCACACCCAAGUCCCGAGAGUUUGUCGAAACAGAUUCUUCAUCGUCUUCUUCCGAAUGCCAGUCGGAUUCGGAGGAAGCCAUCAAAAACGGCGCUUUGCCGCCUCCGUCGACGCGAGCCGGGAUGAAUGCCCAGACUCCAUCCCACUCGUACCCCCCUCCUCUCCCGUGUUUUGGCUUAGCCGGCGGGGUGGGAAGUUUGGGAGCCUUUGUCGGGAAGGGCCUUUGUGUCCGGGAUGGUAGCACCAGUGGGGCCGCUAGUAUUCACAGUAGCAGUGGAAGUAGUAGUACCUCUAGCACGCUAAGCAUUAGCAACAUAAGCGGUUCAUUCGGUACCUCUGUUCCUGACCCCGGAGGGUUAGGUGGACCCUGCAAGGACCCGGGGACCAUGUCACCACACUUUAACACUGGACAAGAUUUGCCUUUUUCCCCGCUUAGAGAAUACCAGGAGACUCCGAGUCUUUGGGUGAAGAUCGACCUGACCUUGCUUGACAGGGUCCCGGGAUGGGGUUUUAGUCAAAUGUCCCGGGUGGGAAUGAAGGAAAGGGACAGAACUGAAGGGAAAGUGUGUGAAAGACCAGGGGACAGGAUGGCGGUGCCUAACAGAGACCGACAAAAACAGGGUGACAGAGACUGGCAAGGACUCCGAGAAAGACCCAAGUUCCCCAAAGGCGAAGAACAUGAGCCAUUAGGGGCGGACGCGGGGAGGCAAGGUGACAGGGAAAGACGAACCGAGAGGGACGGGCAGGCGGACAGAGAGGACAGGGAAAGCUUCCAUUUAGGAGUAAGAGACAAUGUGACAGAGGGAAGACGAGAGAAGGUCUGUCAGGGUCCGGCCGUCCUGGAGAACCCCUGUGUGCAGGAAAAGACUCUUCCCAGACUUCCUGGGAAGACGCUGAGAGGAGAAGGUGGAGGAAAACACCGGAGGCAAGCGUCCAGCAACGCGGUCGUCCCGGUAGACAAACACACCAGCAGGAGCAAGAGGAAACACAAGUCGGACCACAGUGAUCCGUCCAUCAAUAGCAAUAAAAAGCUGCAGUUGGACAAAGACUGUCAGCUGCUCCCACCAUGCAUCUCUCCGAUACACAACCACAAAAACAGCUCUACGGAAUCUCUGAGCAGGAAACAGUCCCGGCGGCACGAUGAGAAGCUACUUCCUCCGCUUCUUUCCCCCCUCUCCGAAGAACCCCCCCACAAAAGGACCUGUGAGAGCAGUUCUUCUUUCAGCCAGGAGGGCGGCGCCACUGGGCCAUUGCCCUGCCCCAUCUCGUCCACGCACAGACACAGGAGAGAAAGCAAAGCAUUAUCGCAUGCAAGAAAUAAUGCUCUAAGUCUACCAGAUAGUGAGAAGCCUUGUGGGGACAGUUACCCUGCCAAUGGGCAGUCGGACUCAGACGCAUGGUCGGAACCAACGAUGGAACCUCCAGAAGCGCCCAGACGGAGACUGUCGUUUAGUGACACAGUCCACAGUGCAGACUACUACAUGCAGGAGGCCAAAAGGCUCAAGCACAAGGCUGAUGCUUUGAUGGACAAGUUUGGCAAAGCGGUCAACUACGCAGACGGCGCACUCUCUUUCAUCGAGUGUGGGAACGCCAUGGAGCGAGAUCCCCUGGAGGCCAAGUCACCAUAUACCAUGUACUCGGAAACCGUGGAGCUAAUCAGGUAUGCCAUGAGGUUGAAGAACUUCAGCAGCCAUUCAGCCAACAUUGCUGAGAAGAAACUUGCUGUCUUGUGCAACCGCUGUCUGUCUCUGCUGUAUCUGCGGAUGUUCCAUCUGAAGAAAGACCAUGCUGUCAAGUACUCACGCUCGCUGAUGGAGUAUUUCAAGAACUCAGCCAAGAGUUCCCACCAAGCACCUUCUCCCUGGAGGACCAAUGGGAAGAUCAACGGGACUCCAUCGCCACUCUCUCUCAGCCCUUCUCCGGCCAGCGGCGUAGGAGCAGCAUCAGGAGGUGCGGCGGUUUCGUCAGGCAGUGUCGCCAUUCCCCAACGCAUUCACCACAUGGCGGCCAGUCACGUGAACAUCACCAACAACAUCCUGCGUAGCUACGAACACUGGGAGACAGCAGAUAGAUUGGCUACUGGGAGUCAAGACUUCUUUGAGGAGCUGGACUCUGCCAUGGAUCCGUUGAGUCAGCAGAGCAGCAUGACCGAGCUGGUGCGGUACAUCAGACAAGGCCUGCACUGGCUCCGCCUUGAGGCUCACCUACUGUAGGCGCUGGACCACAGCCAGAUAAAAAUGAAGAAAAAAAUGUGCCUGGGAGCUCGAACUGGGAUGAGCGAGAUGACACCCACAAUGAUGCUUUAGUCCCCGCUGGGGGGCUUCCAUGACUCAUCACACCACGCUGCAGUAAUGGCAUGGACCAGGUGGAUUCAUUGGGCCAAAAUCCAUCGUCACUUAGGAAUGAAAGGCAAUCAUGUGAAUGUGACUGGCUGGGUACUAAUUAGCAGAAUGAAGCCGUGUUUGAUGUGGCUCUUGGAGAGACAACAAUGAUACUCGGGUGCAUGUAGUUGGGACCCCUCCCUGAGUGGGAUUAUAAGUUAGAUGUAUUUUUAGCAAGAUGGGAUGGUUUUCCAAAGGAAAGGAAGCGGCUGCUGUGAUUGAGAAGGACACGGCUUUGGAGGGAAGCGGUCCAGAGGAAACGUCUGAUACGAUCCAGCUGGGGAGUCAUACAAUACAUCAAUUAGAUAAGCAUCAUCACGUACGGAGGCUCCUUUACAAACACGACAACUGAAUGAACAAAGGCUAAGAUAGUCAGCGCUCUAAAUCAGGGCUGGCUGAGCGAGGCGGCCAUUGAGAAAUCCAUGUUUUCAUGUCCUGUCAAUCAUUCUAAAAGGGCAGUGGAAGCCCUUAGUGUGAGGCCAGCUAUUAAGCCAAGCCGUUCAUUACUAAGUUGUUUCCGUGGUUUUCACUCAAUUCUUAAAUGAUGCCAAACAUCAAGAAGAAUUGACACACGUAUGUAAAGGUCAGCUGGACAGGCGCUUCCUGGUUACCAACGCUCGCCCACAAGUUCAUUCAAACCUCAUUUGGUCCGUACAUGAGCUACCUGCUCCAAAGCUAGUUCAGGUGCAGCACAGGAAUGUAGUGUGUGUCUGUGAAGACACACUCAGGAAGGAUAACUCCCAAGUGGCCGUGUGCCAAAGAAAAGGAAAGCUCAGACGGAGAGACACGGCCAGCAUAGCCGAUCUUUUGGUUCGAAUCUCUCGACUGUCAUGACCAUCAUUAACUCAAAACCCCUUCAGUACAUUUUAGACCGUUCUGACUGAUCUUUCAACGCACACAGAAUAUUGUGCUCUACUUUUAUCCGCUCUUUAGUAGUCAGCAGUAGAACAUAGGUAAGUUUCAGCAAAAUAUCAGUUCCCAACUAAAAAAGCAUAACACAAAUAUGUUUUGCUUUCUAUCACAAUGUGAUACUAAAAGGGCUUUUUUAACAUCAAAAUAACUAUUUAUUUACAAUUUUCACAUUUGGAGCAGAGGUGUGUGUGUGUGCGCGCGAGUGUGUGUGUGUGUGUGUGUGUGUGUGUGUGUGUGCGUGUGCGCAUGUGUUAAAAUUUGCCAAACCUGAGCUUUGAUGUAAACUCUACAGUAGACCAAAGAAUUGAAGUCAAUCUCCCAAUGCCACACAAACUGCCUAUUUGUACGCCUUACUAUUUAAUAUGUCCUUUCUCGUGGCUCAGUUCCAGCUCCCAUGGUAAGCACCCCACCACCCCCACCCCCGCCCCACCCCAGCCCCCCCCAUGAGCAAUGGCAACUUUGGACAAGAUUGCAUUGGAUCCAAUCAGCACUGGACAUUUUGGUCGUGUGUUGUGUUGUUGUGUGUGUACUUGUACUGCUGAUUGUCACCAUGAGGACACUAAUGAUGUUUGUGCUCCACAAUAAUAGACUGUGACUCCUGAAAACAGUGACGUUGUUGUGUUGUUGUUGUUGUGCUUGUUUUUGUCAAUUCUAAAUGAAUGGACGAUCGACUGAUGUGAAACAAGAUGUUGAAAAUCUAUAUUCUGUAGUGUGUGUGUGUGUGUGUGUGUGUGUGUGUGUGAUUGUGGUUGCCUUCACACAGCAACUAAUUUAUGGACAGAGUUUCCAGGGGUAUACUGCAAAGGUGGCUUAGCGAGGUGUUUUGAGUUUUCAGAGUCCAGUGAACGUGGGAGCAGGAAUAAUUCGGUCAAAACUAAGAUGGGAAUGGUACUUUGGGAUCACACUGAUUUGCUAGUUAGCAUUAGCCGAUUCAGUCUUCGGGAAAGCGACUUUUGGCCGAGAGAAUAUGUUCCUUUUGCUCACUUUUUGAGCCAUGCACCAGGAAUAAAAUGCAAUAUGAAAUAUUAACAGCCAACAUUAGCAGACGUAUAUGUCACAGUAGUCCUUGCAUGAGUGCUCAGUCCUCUUCUGUUACAAUAUUUGCGGAGGAAUCAGCACUCGGAGGCAUCUUUCAACUGCAACAAAACAUUUCUUUUUGUUAUUUAUUUUAUGUACUAUAUGUGUUAAUAUGUAAAAGCUGUGCAAUGUUGGUCAAUGAAGGACUAGUACGGUACUAGUACUAACUAGUAUAGUUAGUAUAAUAAUCAGGAUUAACUUGCACAUUUACACACUCAGUAUUAUUUUACCAACGGUCCUCCCUCGCUCUACUGGCAGCAAGUGUUGCUCAUCUUGUGUCUGGGAUCGCUUGGCUUUGAGCGCAUGUCCAAUAAUAUGACAUCAUAUUAUUACCAUAAUACGACUUCUAUGUGAACGCGCACGGAGCACAAAGCCGAGAACUUGACAAAGGAAGUUGAUAACCACGGUUGCAGUACACUUCAACUUUGUUUGGGGAACUUUUGGGAACGUUUUGUUGAGCUGCAUCUUGAGCACAAAGCCUGGGUUUGUUGAUCUGAUUUGGCAGUAUACCCCCCCCCCCCCCCCCCCAUCCCCCAUCCCCCUCCUGCUGUGUUGUUUUGUUUAUUUUUCUGUCAUGGUCUGUGUAAAUCCAACUGAUCCAGAAUGAGUGUUUGGGUUCUCUGUCAUGUGACCACUGCUGAAUGUGUAUGGAAGACAAUGCGGAUGUGCAAGGAAAAAUUUCACUUUGACAAAAAAAAAGAGAAAAAAACUCAAGUGCCUCUAUUCGUGUCCAGUGGGAACUGCUCUAUUUAUUUAAGAACAAAGAAUGAAUCUAAGUGAUUUUCCAUACCAUAUUGGUACAAAUAUGAGAUUGUUUUUGGUAAAAUCAAAUGUUUCCAUGAGCUUUUUACUAGCGUUUAUGAUGACACUGUGCUUUGGCUUUAAGGAAAAGACAGUAUGUGAUUUCAAGUGUCAGAUUUCCAUCAGUUGUUGUUCUUUUUUUUCCUUGAUGUUUUGAGGGUUUGUCUCAAAUGCCUGAUAUGAAAAAUAUUGCAUGCAAUAAAUGGUAGCGUCAGACCAACGGCCAUUUGUCUGCCAUGUUUCUGUUGAAGGAGUGUUGCUUUAAAUGCCUCAAGUUUACUGCUAAUACUUUGACAUUCAGGAUGAUGCUUUGACAAGCCCAAACGUUGUGUAAAUACAAACGUAAUCAACUCCACCGUUCCAUGGAAGGAAAAAGCACCCCAGAUCAUGAUGGUGCCCCCUAAAACCUUUCAGGUGGGACCUCUUUGUAUAAAACUUUCCUCCACCCUGCAAUGUCCCAUGUUUGGUGCUCUCAUGCAAAUUCCUCGUGAAAUAUUGUGACUUUGAAGGGAAACCAGGCCUUUGAAGAUGUUUACUUCUUAAAACUUGUCUUCCAGAUGCCAUCUGAUGGUUAUUGGACUGCACUCAGCGCCAAUAACAACCUUCAUUUGGUCCUUUUGUCUUGGUAGAAAGCCAAUUGGAUUGUCCGGUGACAUUUUAGGGGGUCUACCGCUUGACUUUUUUGUUCCAUAACCCUCGCAAUCUUGUUUGAGAAGUUUGAAAUGGAGCACCUAGAGAAACUCAAACCUUCUUAUUAGCAAUAAGCCUUCAGAUGGAAGGUUACCUCAAAUUUUAAUUCAGUCCAUGAAAGGAGUUGCUGCCGUUAAAAGAUGACCUUGUACGUUGCAGCCUCCCAAAUAUUGCAGAAAAAAGGUCUCCCUUAUGGAGGUUGUAAUGCACGCAUACACCCUCUUGGGCCAUCUGUUACCGUUCCUUCCGUCAUCGCCACGCCUUCCCCCUGCUCCUCUUCAUUCCUGCUGUGAGGUGGAGGAGCUGCAGCUCCAUCCUCGUCUGUACGCUCACAGUCUGACAGGAAAGAAACCAACGAGCGUUGCAUCAAUUAGGAUAGCAAAUGAAUGGAUAAUAAGGUCCUACAUGCUUACAGUAGACAGGUUUGUCAUCUUCCUCAUCAUCGCACCGUGGUCGGAGUCCUCGUAGACGUUGUUGUCCUGGGAGGGGUCAUCUUCUAGCAUGUACAGCUCUCCUGCAUGGACGUCUGACACGUUGACCUUUAAGAUGAGAGACAUUGACGCGUGUGGCAAAUAUCAGUGACCUGAGACACACGACAGGCUUUCAGAAAGAUGAAGUUCCUGUCCUUUCAUUACGGGGGGGGCUCACAACUUGAGCAC